AUGGAGAGGACGCGGCGCUGGAUGGAGAUGCUCUUCUUCUCUGCGUUGUUGCUGGUUGAAGCGGCUCAUUGUGCUCAGGGUCGAUUCGCACACAAGCUCUUGAAUGAUCUGAUGGAGAAUUACUCCAGUGCUCUGCGACCAGUGGACGACACGGACAAAUCCCUCAACGUCACCCUACAGGUCACGCUGUCUCAGAUUAAAGACAUGGACGAGAGGAACCAGGUGUUAAUCGCGUAUCUGUGGAUCAGACAGACGUGGCACGACGCUCAUCUGAAGUGGAGUAAAGAGGACUAUGAUGGUCUGGAGGUGAUUCGCAUUCCCAGCAGCCUCGUGUGGAGGCCGGAUCUGGUGCUGUAUAACAAGGCGGAUGAUGAUUUCUCCGGGCCGGUGGACACUAACGUGGUGCUGCGGUAUAACGGUGAGAUCACGUGGGACGCUCCAGCCAUCACUAAGAGUGCCUGUGUGGUGGAUGUUUCCUACUUUCCCUUCGACAGCCAGCAGUGCAACCUGACCUUCGGCUCAUGGACCUACAAUGGAAACCAGGUGGACAUCGCCAUGGGGAUGGACAGCGGCGACCUGUCGGACUUCGUGGAGAACGUAGAGUGGGAAUGUCACGGGAUGCCGGCCACUAAGAACGUGAUCAUGUACGGCUGCUGCUCGGAUCCGUAUCCAGACAUCACCUACACGCUCCUGCUGCAGAGACGCAGCUCCUUCUACAUCUUUAACCUGCUGCUGCCCUGUUUCCUCAUCUCCUUCCUCGCUCCUCUGGGCUUCUACCUGCCCGCAGACUCGGGGGAGAAGGUCUCGCUGGGCGUCACGGUUCUGCUGGCGCUCACCGUCUUCCAGAUGAUGGUGGCGGAGAGCAUGCCUCCCUCCGAGAGCGUUCCUCUGAUCGGUAAAUACUACGUAGCGACGAUGACUAUGGUCACAGCGUCCACUGCUUUGACCAUCUUCAUCAUGAACAUUCAUUUCUGUGGAGCCGAGGCCAAACCGGUGCCGUACUGGGCCAAAGUCCUCAUCAUCGACUACAUGUCCAAGAUCUUCUUCGUCUAUGAGGUCGGAGAGAGCUGCGCGACUCCGUUCGGACAGAUGGAGGAAUCCGAGUCCUUCCACGGUCAGAACCAGAACCAGAACCAGAACCAGAAGCUCCAUCCCAAAGAGAAAGCGAAAGGAGCUCCGCCCCCCUGCUGUCCCGACGACGACAAAUCGGCUGCCUUCACGCUGACCAUUGACCCCAGUGUUUACUGCGGUUGCCGUGGCAGCGGUGGAAUUCUCGGGUGCGACCCGAAGCUGGUCCGGAAUGUUGAAUAUAUCGCAAGCUGCUUCCGCGAGCAAAAGGCCACGUGCCUGAAAGUGGCUGAAUGGAAGAAGGUCGCCAAGGUGAUGGACCGAAUCUUCAUGUGGAUAUUCUUCAUCAUGGUCUUCCUCAUGAGCAUCCUCAUCAUCGGGAAAGCACCUUGA